AUGGCACAUAAGGUUUGCUCCGCAUCUCCUCACGGCGUCCUCAUCACCAAAAAGCAAAUCCUCGUCAACAGAGCACUGGUAGCACUGGUAGGCACCGCCAAAAUGGUAGAUCUCGGGGGUUAUGUGAUUGUGUUAGUCGAGCAAAACGGCAAAAUCAAAUUGUAUGACGUUAGAGUCGGAGCCAAAAGACUAAUAGAGAAGACAUUUCUCUUGUUUUUGUUCCCAUCGAUAGGUUCUCCGGCAGAGCGAAGUGAUUGCGACGAAAUUCUUGAGAUCAAUGGCAAGUCAUUAGAGGAUUCGACACAUCAACAGAUCAUACAUCAUAUACAUCAGGCAUUGAGCUUGUACAAACGAUACAACAGAUAA